AUGGAAGAAGAAGCAUCGGCGAGCUUUUCAGAACAAGGUAUUUUUUAUAUUCAUUUUUUUUUUCAAGAUUUCACCCAACGCAUAUUUUUUACAGAAGAAAACCCACCUUGCGCGCAAAUGAGUUCCGAUAGGUAACAUAUUCAUAUUUUUGAUUGAUUUGUUUUGAAAGCGGAAAAGUUUUGUGUCGCUAGUCAAAUUUUCACUUUGAAUUACAUCGAAGGAUCUGAAAAAUGAACUUGGGGACCAAAACAUAAAUUUCAGUCAAACUUACAAAUAUUCAUCUAAUUGAAAAUUUUCUCUAAUAACAUUUGGAUCAAUAGAAUCUUCACCGAAAAUAUGGAAAUAUAUUGUUGUUGUAUCUAGAAAAAAUGAAGAUUUCAAGAUCAACUCAAACAGAAAAAAUUAAAACACACCAUCAAAUUUCAUUUUCCUCGCACAAUCUUUCGCCCAUCGAAUCAAAUCAUUCCGAUGAAUAUCAAAAACACACGGUUUGCAACUUUGACCACAACAUUCUUGCGGUCUUGGCUCACACGGUUCACUAUCCAAAUUCUCGAAAUAUUGUAUUUUUUCUCGAACAAUUUUCAAUAUUUCUUCAUCUUUUGAAUUCAUCCUAAAACUUUAGAGAAAUAAAUAUGAAUAUAAAAAUAAAAAAGAAACAAGAAAUCAAUUGAUAAGAAAGACACAACGUUUUUUGCAGGAAACAAGAAGAUACAAAUCCUGACAUCAAUUGUCCAUAUAAUAAAAAUCACAAGGUAAGGGAAAAUAUCUUUAGGAUCAUGAAAAAUAAUGCAUUUUUUUUUAGAUUUCAAUUAUCGAUUUCAACACUCAUAUUUUACAAUGUCGUAUGGAAACAAUGAAAUAUCAUCCACAUUCAUUGAAAUUUGUCAGGUACUAAUUUAAUUUUCUAAAUUUAUAUCUAAGAGAAUUUUUUCAACUUGCAAAAAACAUGUUUUCUGGUAGUUUUGGACCCGCUGAACACGAUCGCGUUGUCAAAAACUGCAAAAAUAAACUUUGAAUAUGAGCUAUGACGUGGCAAAGUCUGAAAAAUCGUACAUUUCCUAGUUUUUAUGAAAAUAAUAUUAGAAGCUAGGAAAGUCACGAUUUUUAGACCUCGCCACGUCAUAAUUCAUUUAGAAGUUGAGGUUUGCAGUUUUUCACAGCGUGUAAAUUACUACCAAAAAAAUUUCCCACAUUUUUUGAAAGGGGACUAAAAAUCAAUAAAAAAGUGAGAGAUUUAAGGACGUUAGAGAAAAACAUUUUUGAUCUACCAGAAAAAUUUUGAGGUCUAUUUAGCGAUUUAGUGUAAUAAAUUACACGCUGUGUUUUUGACAGCAGGUCCAAAACUAUCUCGAUUUCAACUUGAAAUUAAAUUCAUAAUUUUCCAAAAUCUUUCAGAUGUUCCUAUAACUUUCGUCAUUUUCUACCCCAACAAGAAUUAGCCUUCCACGAAGCAUUUUGUCGCUCAACUUCAAAAUUCGACAAAAUGCAAAGAGAACUCUCAAUUGAACCAAUUAUUCUCGAUGUUCCAAAUGUUUUGGCACAAGAAAAUGAUUCGGAUGAGGAAGAUGUGGUGGAUUAUCGAAUGAGAAAACGAAUUGAUAAACAAGAAAAAAUGAAGAAUGAAAAGGAGGAAGAAUCUGAGGAAGAAGAUGAGGAUUCAGAUGAAAGUGAUCAUAUUUCUACAAGUUCAACAAUUACCGAUGAUGAGCAAGAAAUUGAGGAUGUUGAAUUUGGAAGAGUUUUGAGACGAAAAGAUUUACUUGAAGUGCUCAAAAAUUAA